CCUAGAGUUCACAGCACUGCGACUUCUACCACAUGUGAGGACCGAUCGUCGACUGGGAGUUGGAUUGGAAUCAGUGGAAUCAUGAUUGCUUCGAUUGUCAUCACCUUCUUGUGUUUCUGCUCACUGUCCCCUACUUUUGGACAGGACUGCCCUAGUAGACAGGAAUUACAAGGCUCUCUGAAGCAAGUCCAGAAACUUCUCUCAGCCCAUGAAGCCACAUACAUGCAGAGUCUUCGCAAUCUGAAAAAGAAAAUAAAUCUGUUACAGAGCAGUGCUGGAAAGCAGAGUACAAGUGCCACCAACAGUACCUGCCCAAAACUUGACGCGCCAAUCAAUGGGAAGAAGCUUGGCAAGUCGCACAGCGUAGGUCAUGAGGUCCACGUUCUGUGUGACCCUGGCUAUGAACUUGUGGGAUCAGAGAGCCGGGUUUGUCAGGAGAGCCUGAACUGGAGCGGCCACCAGGCUACCUGCCGGGACAUCAAUGAGUGUGUGUCCUCUCCGUGCCUGAACGCUGGGACUUGCGUGGAUGAAGUGAACCAGUUUUCUUGUGUCUGUGCCAAAGGCUGGACCGGAGCUACCUGUCAGAGCCCAGUGCCAACAUUCUUUGUCACUAUGACAAACACCUCUGCCGCCACCUCCCCAGCCACCGCUGCUGCUGUUACCCUGCCUGCUGCCACCACUGGGCCCUUUGUUCGUCCAUCACGUUGCAGCAUAAUACAGGGGACCACCCACUGCACCUGUGAGGCCGGAUACACCAUCUCUGGCAGGGACAGCAACACCUGCACUGAUAUAGAUGAAUGUGAGCUGUUCCAUAAUGGCCAGGCUGGCAAACUGUGUUUACACUCUUGUGUUAACACCGCUGGAGGCUACCGCUGUACCUGCCCGGUCGGAUACAAUGGGACCCGCGAUGGACGCAGCUGUAAAGACAUUGAUGAGUGUGCAACCAGACAAAACAACUGCGCAAACGACCAGAUGUGCAUUAAUACGUAUGGUGGCUUCCAGUGUGUCCGUGUGGACUGCCCCAAAAUCCCUCAUGCAACAUAUGUCAAGACGUCACCUAUGCGUUGUGAACGUAACCCCUGUUCUGUGGACAACAAGGCAUGUUCUCAGACACCAAACUCUUUCUCCUACCAUUACCUGGCUGUUGUAUCCAACCUGUCGGCUCCUCGUGUCAUGUUCAGGGUCUCAGCGUUACGUCCAAUUGGUGACACGCUUCGCUUCUCCCUGCUGGGGGGAAGACAAACCCGGCGGCACUUCACAGUCCAGCGUUCGGACCGAUUGACGGGUCAGCUCAUGCUUGUGAGCCCUGUGCAGGGCCCUGCCACACUGGAGGCAGACGUGGAGAUGAGCGAGCUGGAGAGACGAGUCCAGCUGGGGAAGUACAUCACCAAAGUCACAAUGUUUGUUUCCCAGUAUGAGUUUUAGAAAGAUAGGGAAGAAUGUGUCAACACGCUAAAACCACAAAGUCCAAACAAAAGCAUUGUUUGGAUUUAGCCGAGGACUCUAUAAUGGAUGUUUGAUAAUCAAUUGUAAUGGUGACUAUCUAGUGUGUGCUUUUGCUCAACUGAAACAUAUUUAUUGCCCAAAUAAAGCCAUGAGUGUAUGAUUUGUAAAAGGAUAAUUACACGAUGUAGCAAACAGUUAAACAUCAUUCAAGUCAGUCCAACCUGAAGGAAAGUGCUAUAUUUGUAAAUGAAAGUUCUGCUAUGUUGACAUUAAUGUUACAUAUGCUGGAUAUGUAAUCAUGAUGUGUGAGGAUUUUGUAAUUGUAUUUACGAUAAUGUUUUAUUUAUAUUCUGGUUUCUAUUCAACUAUAAUAAAAUGUUUAAAACAUCA